UUCCAGAAUUGCAAUUGUCAAUUGGAGCACUUGCAAGCGGCAAGUCAUAAUCAAGCUUUUUUCCAGGUUCUAUAAUACAACUAUAAAGGGACAUUGUUGAAUUAAUAACAACAUGGGCAAGGAGAAGAUUCAUAUUAACAUUGUGGUUAUUGGCCAUGUCGAUUCGGGCAAGUCGACCACCACCGGCCACUUGAUUUACAAAUGCGGCGGCAUCGAUAAGCGUACGAUUGAGAAGUUCGAAAAGGAGGCCCAGGAGAUGGGCAAGGGAUCGUUCAAGUACGCCUGGGUGCUGGACAAACUGAAGGCGGAGCGUGAGCGUGGUAUUACCAUCGAUAUUGCAUUGUGGAAGUUCGAGACGGCCAAGUACUAUGUGACCAUUAUUGAUGCACCCGGACAUCGAGAUUUCAUCAAGAACAUGAUUACUGGCACCUCGCAAGCCGAUUGUGCUGUCCUGAUCGUUGCCGCCGGAACCGGUGAGUUUGAGGCCGGCAUCUCGAAGAAUGGCCAGACGCGAGAGCAUGCUCUAUUGGCCUUCACUCUGGGCGUUAAACAGCUCAUUGUUGGCGUUAACAAGAUGGACUCAACGGAGCCGCCGUACAGCGAAACGCGCUACGAGGAAAUCAAGAAGGAGGUCUCAUCCUACAUCAAGAAGAUCGGCUAUAAUCCGGCCUCGGUCGCUUUUGUGCCCAUCUCCGGCUGGCAUGGCGACAACAUGCUUGAAGCAUCCGAGAAGAUGCCCUGGUUUAAGGGCUGGACCGUCGAACGCAAGGAGGGCAAGACAGAGGGCAAGUGCUUGAUUGACGCGCUGGACGCGAUUAUGCCGCCCCAGCGUCCCACCGACAAACCGUUGCGAUUGCCCCUGCAGGAUGUCUAUAAGAUUGGUGGCAUCGGCACAGUACCAGUCGGUCGUGUGGAGACGGGCAUUCUCAAACCAGGCAUGGUGGUGAACUUUGCUCCAGUUAAUUUAGUCACUGAGGUCAAGUCCGUGGAGAUGCAUCACGAGGCUCUUACAGAAGCCAUGCCGGGCGACAACGUCGGCUUCAACGUGAAGAACGUUUCGGUUAAGGAGUUGCGUCGCGGAUAUGUGGCUGGAGAUUCCAAGAACAAUCCACCUCGAGGAGCUGCUGACUUUACUGCUCAGGUUAUCGUUUUGAAUCAUCCUGGGCAAAUUGCCAAUGGGUAUACUCCCGUUCUCGAUUGCCAUACGGCACAUAUUGCAUGCAAGUUUGCCGAAAUCAAGGAGAAGUGCGAUCGCCGUACGGGCAAGACCACGGAGACCGAACCGAAGGCCAUCAAGUCGGGCGAUGCGGCCAUCAUAAUGCUUGUGCCGACCAAGCCGCUGUGCGUUGAAAGCUUCCAAGAAUUUCCGCCUCUGGGCCGAUUUGCAGUACGUGAUAUGCGUCAAACGGUUGCCGUCGGUGUCAUCAAGUCGGUGAACUUUAAAGAAACGACCUCGGGCAAAGUAACAAAAGCCGCUGAGAAGGCACAGAAGAAGAAAUAACUAGGGUGUCAGCAAAUCUGUAAAGAAACAAAUAACACUCAAUCACAACAACAA